AUGGUUGACGGACGCCGGCAUGCGGCUACGGUCAAAGAUUCCAGACAGCCGGAAUAUGUCCUGACUGGGGCGCUGCACUUCGGUACCGAACCGCACCAGAGAACGAGGUGCAGCGGAAACCAACAGCCAACUCCGGCCGAGCAACUUGAGGCCUGA